GCCAAUCGAGGCGACACUUGUAAUGUAAUAAUUUACUUUGGAAUGUUUCAAAUGCUGCUGAAAGCGGUAUAAAAGUCGGUGCCUUUCUUUUUUUUCUCGUUCAACAAUUCGAUCGUUCGUAGAAUGCUUAGCUGGCUCUGUGUGUAUAUCGAUACACCUGUAUCUUACGUUGCGCAAGAAUCCUUCAUCAUCCUGUUCCUUUUUACGCUAAUAAUGUCUUUCCACUUGGUGACAGCGGAUGCACGAUUCGCUCGUGGGGAUCGCUUUGCUCGAAGAACCGGUAACACGGUGGCUCUUUGUCAUUCUAAUAUCUUUAUAGAGCGGCUCGAAGCACCGGAAAUUAAGUGCUACCUUUAAAACGAUAUUAGAACUACCGACCUUCCACUUCACCAUAAUAUAAUUUCCUUAUAUUUUCUGUGUGUAUCUAUCGUUUCUAGAUUUUGUCUCUUCAUCAAGUAGUUUAUUGUAUGCGGAUUUGAUGGUCAAGUGACAAUGUAUAAGUCUUUUUUACACGGUACAAAAUUCAGUUGAACCGCAAUUUAUAGAAAAUUAGGUUAAAUCUGCGAUUCAGUUGAUUAUUAUUUGAAUCUAUUUGUAUUUGUUUACUUUAAAAUUUUGUAUCACUAUACGAUUUGUACGAUGCAAAUAUCGAAAUCGAAUUUUAGGUUGCACUUUAUUCCUGCACGGACCGCUUACAGAAAUUAGCAGUAGUUUCUACUCUUCUACAGCCUUGUUGUUUUCAGCUGACUGCGCCUGAGUAGAAUGGACAAUUGUUGUCAAAGGACUAUAGAGAGCAAUAGGUGAUACGUACACCUGUAUCUCAUUGAAAUAAUCAAUAAAUGAUAAUUGUUUGAUAACACAAUGAUCGCGCGCUAUCACGAAUGAGAUCAUCGUACUUUUCGUUACUCUUCAAAAAGUUUCGACAAAUUUGCUAAAUUGCUUUUAGGCCGGUUUCACAGAGAGAUACGUGUAUCGUGAUAUAUCAUGUAUAGCGAUGUUUUGUCUGCCGCCCUCGUACGAAAAGUAUCGUUGCCAAGAUACACGAAAUGAGUAUCGCGAUAUUGCAUCUUAGGAGAAUCGUCGUGUGAACUUUUCCAUCGGAGUACAUGUAUGUCCAUAUGUAUGUAUCGCGAUACGCAUAUCUGGUGUGUGAAACCAGGUUUACAGUUACUAUGAUUCUUCGUUUCUUUCGUAGUAAGAAUUAUAUGGCACACUGAGCAAACUAAGAAGUCGAUGAUAUUAAUCGUGUUAACGCGUUCCUUUUCUUUUAUAUUUUUCAAUCUAUUAACGAACACCUUACCUUAAGGGCUUGCAGUCUUAAGAAGUAUAAAGAAGUAUAAGAAGUAUUUGGAUUGUGUAAAUAUAAAAAAAGUACAUCGGUAUCCAUGUUCUGGGAUAUUCUAAUCUAGAAAUAAACAGCGAUAAUAUUCGAUAGUUGUUGAUUAUGACUUUCAUUUUUUAACUUAAGUAAUUUACUUUAUAUUUUAUCCAUUGACUUGUACAGAGAACCUAUCAAAAUUUUCGGUUCCAAUGAAAUUUGCGAAUUUGUAUAAAUAGAGAAAUAAUGAAAGUUGUCAGUCGUGUAAAAUCUCCAAACUACUUGAUUAAUCGAGCUACAUGGAUCUUACAUCCUACAUGGAUAAGCUUUUGCUACAUAAAAAAAUGUAUACUGUACGUGAUUUUCUUUUUUUACUGAAAAUCACCUGUAGAGUACAUGCUACAUCUUGUGAACUGAAAACUGUUGAAAUGACAAAAGUAGUAUAGAUAGUGACAACAGAUCAAUAAAAUGGCAUUAGAAAAUUAUCUUCAAUGUUUGUGUUAGAAGGGCAUAAUAUCGUUGCAUAUUCCGUGUUGUCAUGUAAAACCAUCUGCGGUGUAAGCGAUCGUGAAAGUGAAAGCAAGCUGUAUAAUACGGAGCAUUCGAUCGACCUCGAAAUCGCGCAACUGCUCGCUCAGCACGAUGCCUAGUCAAACCUGUUAAGAGGAAUCGAGUACCAGCGUUAGAGAGCGAGUGUAUUAUUUAAAGGCUAUAAAAAUGCAUGUUGUGUGAGUGUGCAGGAGCCAUAGUUGUGUCUAAUGAUAUAACGAAUAUUCUAAUUAGCGAAAUUGUUUCUAUCGUUAUAGAUUCUUCACCAGUAAUCUUAUAGAAGUUAAAUUUUAUAGAAGAGUUAAGAACUAAAUGCUUAUUUUCAUCAUUAAAAAGAUUUUGUUCUAUCUUCGAUUUAAUUUUUCAUAUACUUCCUUCCUGGUUGUUUCAAUGUAGUAUAAUUGGUGUUAUUAUCGCGAUCACAUUCUUUCAUCGAAGGAUGCACUUGUAGAAUUACAGAGUUUGACCAGCAGCGUAAUUAGGAAACACAUGAACGUGUGUAAACCAUGUUACGUCGUUGGUACAUUAAUCGAUGCUUGAUCAAAACAUAAAUAACAGAGAAGUCUCACGGAGAAGAGCAAUUGUCUACGAAAAUGCUUUGCAUACAAUCUUCAGUUCAGCCGUUCUAACAACUUUCACUUGGAAUUUACGUCAAAGGGAAGUGAACUAACUUAGCGAUAAAUCAGUUUACAAUUAAGUUUUAUUUCACACUUCGUAUUUCAUUUUAUAUUACUUUUCUCUCCUUUGUUUUGUUACCUUAUGAGAAAUCUGCCAUGUCGUAUUUUCUAUUCACUUUCGUAAUAUUUUCUUAUUAUUGUUAGCUGACGCGAUAUAAACUUUUAUAGGUUUAUCAGUUUCUUCCUUUAUUUAAAAUUUCUCUGUUUAUUCAUUUAUUUAUAUAACUCUUUUUAAUUGGUAGAUAUAUUUAAAAAAGACACCAUCGUUUAGUAAAUUAUGUUUGAACUACUGCUAUAAAGUCGACCUAAAAAAAAUUUUGCGUUUAUAUGUGUUACAACGAAAUGUAUCGAAAGUAUUUCGAAAUAAAUUUCCUUUAAUCUUCUCUAAAAAAAAUUGGAAAAAGUGAAACGCGUGGAAAGUGGAACGUCUUAAAAAGGCACAAAAGAAUCAGGAAAUCAAAAUGCGAAGGAAAUCGACUCUAUCUCUUUUCAACGCACUACUUCAAAGUUAUUUUUGGAUAAUGGUUGUAGCCAGUGAUAAACUUCGUGUGGCCUAUCAAUGGAAACAGCUUGAGUAUGAAUGGCCAAGUAACGAUACCGAGCUUCUAUUCCCAGAAUACAAGCAGGAAGAUAAUCUUCCCCUUGGUCUUGAGAUUACAAAUACUAGGAUCUUCGUUACUGUGCCAAGAUGGAGACGUGGUGUAGUUGCUAGUUUGAAUUACUUUUACAUUAAUGAUACACGCGAGUCUCCUAGUUUAAUCCCGUAUCCUUCUUGGGAGGCGCAUCAAUAUCGAGCUGGAAACGUCCCAGAGAUCAUUUCAACGUUUCGAAUUCGUGCAGAUCGCUGCGAAAGACUAUGGGUUCUUGAUACAGGAUUUACUGAUAUUUUGGAUAGUCCAGAACAGCAAGCUCCACCAGCAUUACUCAUUUACAACUUAACAGACGAUCGUUUACUCCGAAAAUUCAUCAUUCCGGAAGAUCAAAAAACACCUGACUCUCUUUUUGCAAAUAUCGCCGUCGAAGAUUAUUCUUGCGAAGAUACUUUUGCUUAUCUGGCUGACUUGGGUGGUCCUGGACUCGUAGUUUAUUCGUGGAAGUCGGAAAAUUCGUGGCUUCUUAAACAUCAUUUCUUUCAACCAGAUUCUCAAGCUGAAGAAUUCAAUGUAUCGGGAAUUUCGUUCCAAUGGACCGAUGGUCUCUUCGGUAUGGGUCUUGCACCAACUAACGAUGGCUACAGUGUAAUGUAUUUCCAUCCACUUUCUAGCACCAUGGAAUUUUCAGUUAGUACCAAGUUACUAAGAGAUCCUGAACGUGCCACUUCUCCAGACAACUUCCACGAAUUUCAUGCUCUAGGAUCUCGCGGACAUAAUGGUCAAAGUAGCGUGAGCUUUUUAGAUCCAGACACCGGAGUUCUGUUUUAUGCAUUAGCUGUUUUAAAUGCUAUUGCGUGCUGGAAACCUCAAAAUACGUUCACAAUCGAGCAACAAGGUCUUAUUUAUGUAGAUAACGUCACAAUGGUUUUUCCCAACGAUUUAAAGAUUGAUCGAAACGGGAAUAUUUGGAUACUCUCGGAUCGUUUGCCUACUUUUAUGUACUCUCGCCUGGACCCUGAAGACUAUAAUUUUAGAAUCGUUAUGGGUUCGGUUAAAGAGGCUAUAAAAGGAACUGUUUGCUCGAUGAAUCCAUCUUCAACUACAAACAAUCCGCACGAUUCUACGACAAAAGUGCAUACCGUUUAUCCUAAACAUCCAAAAAUGGCCGAGAAUUCCGGUUACGUUCACAAUUCUGAAUUGAUUUCUAUACUGAUUAUCGCUAUAACAAUUUUUGUGAGAAUAUUUAUCUGAGAAUAUAAUUGCAUCAUUUUUAAUAACUGUAACAAUUUAUGAAUCAUUUCUCGAAAUAUCGAGAAUUCGAAUUUCGAAGAAUAUCGAUGCUUAUAUACGAACAGGAAGAGAUUGAAACGAGAUGCUUAGGUAACGGGUUAAGUAAUAAAUAAAUGAAUGUUAUGCUUGGUUUUCUGUGUAUUAUGAUAUAAUCGAUUUCAGCAAAUGUCGUAUAUGAUUGAGUUUCUUGUAUAAUAUAUGUACCUUAAUGUAACGUUUCGUAUGCGUUCUUGCGGAAAGAACUAUUUUAUUUAUAAUUUACGCAUCAUCUUGAAUAUGAAAAUAUUGAUAUUUCCUAUUAUUACUUAAAUAACUUAUCUACAACAUACAAGUUUUUCCUUAUUAUAUUUGAAUUGCAUAUAAAUAUUUUUGGAGGUCUUGAUUGUAGUACUUAAAAAAAGAAGUUUAUAAAAUACACGACUGAUCAUAUAGUA